AUGACCGACCUCCUAUCGCCCAAGUCAAAGUUCUGGUGGACGACCGCCGCCGAGCAGGCCCUGACCGCGGUGAAGCAGCGAUUCAGAGAGUGCUACACCCUAUCACGCCUGGACCCAGACGAACCCAUCUUCGUCCAGACGGACGCCAGCCAAGAGGGCAUGGGGGCGGUGCUCUACCAGGAAGGGGGGGACGGGGAGCGGCGAGUGGCCGAGUAUGCCAGCGCCAAGUUCGGCCCUGCAGAACGCCGCUAUCAUGCAAACGAGCAGGAGUGCCUUGCGGGGCGGAAGUCCAAAUUUACCCGCUGGGCGCUCAUGCUCCAGGGCUUCGCAUUCUGCGUCGAACACGUCCCUGGGCGGGAGAACCAGCUGGCAGACGAGCUGUCCCGUCACCCUGACACCAGGACCCCCAGGGCUGGGAGGAACUCCUGCCACCACCUCACCCACCAGCCAGCGGCACCACGGCACCCGCACCAGCGGCCCUCUACGCCAUCCAGCGGGCGAACCCUACCUCCCAGCCAGACACACCAGCCACCCUACUCGCCCUAA